GUCUUCGCCAGUGUCGACUCGGACCUCCCCGCCCUUUCCAUCCCCUCCUCUUGUCUCUGACUUCCUGCCAUGGGUCCCGGAGAGAACUACCACGAAGCCCAUGCUGAAGAAAUCAAAGCCCUGCUCAGCGACGACAAGCUCAGCCAAGACUUCAAGUUCGAGUUCUCAGAUGACUCGGAUCGCGUCCAGGACAUCGAGAACCAGCAGCGCCCAGUCACGCCUCGACGUUGCCCUUAUAAAUGGAAAGGGAUUCUGGCUGCUACGCUGGCCGGCCUAAGUCUUGUGUUUCUUUCGGGUUGCAUUCAUAAACACGCUAGUUCGUCUUGCACUCGUGAGCAGCCGUGUCCGCAAGCUGCCACUAGCAAUGCGGGGAAGUUGUUCAAUAACGGGACGCAUGACUUUAAGAGGACGGUUGUUAUGGUGUCAAUAGACGGCUUGAGAGCGGAUUAUCUCGACAGAGGGUUUACCCCGCAUCUGCUAGAUAUCAGUAAGAAGGGGUUACGGGCUAAGUAUAUGAAGCCCAUAUUCCCUACACUUACGUUCCCAAAUCACUGGGCACUUAUGACUGGCCUACACGCGGAGUCGCAUGGCAUAGUCGCCAACAACUUCUACGACCCUGUCUCUGACAACGUAUUCGCGUACAACAAACCUGAAUCAUGCUGGAAUUCCUCGUGGUGGUAUGGCGAACCGAUGUGGGAGACGGCCGAGAAAGCUGGUAUCACCACCGCCAACCUUAUGUGGCCCGGACCGCCUGUCACGAGCGACGGAGGGUCCUCGACUUAUUUUAUCCCAUGGCGGGAUCAUGUCCCUUUGCGGGAAAAGCUGGAUCAGAUUCUGACCUGGGUCGACCUUCCUGUGGAGACGCGUCCCCAGCUCGUCCUAGCAUACGAGCCAUCCCUAGACCAAGCCGGCCACCUGACAGGCCCCCUAUCCCUUCUAGUCAAUACUACGCUCGCCGAAGUGGAUGUCUUCGCCAAAGAGCUGCAGGAAUCCCUGGCAGACCGGAACUUGACCGACAUCGUGGAUAUCAUCUUUGUGAGCGACCAUGGGAUGACGGACACCAGCCACCCAGAGUGGUUCUUCAUCGAUGAUAUCCUGGGAGACGAUAUUAAUCUAGUUGAACAUUCUGAUGGCUGGCCGUCGAUGGGCCUGCGCUUCAAGCCCGAGGCGGACCUGACACGUAUCUAUGACAUUCUGUACGACGCCGCGUCCAAGAACGAGGAGAAGUUCGAGGUGUUCACGCAUGAGACGAUGCCCGAGAGGUACCACUUUUCGAACAACUACAGGAUCGCGCCGAUCUAUGUUGUCCCGAAGGAGGGCUAUGCACUCGCGACGCAUAGUGAGGAUACGACGCUUAUGUCCAAAGGAAACCACGGAUACGAUAACGAGAAUCCGUCGAUGCACGCCAUGUUCGUCGCGCACGGACCCUUCUCGUUCGACGCCAAGGCGACGUCUUUGUCUUCCCGGUCUGCGGAGGCGUGGCACAGUGUGCAGGACGACGCGUAUGUGAUGCCCGGGUUUCCGAACGUCGAGAUCUAUAACUUGAUCAUGCGGCUGCUCGAUGUUGACGAGCAACGGUGGGCGCCGACGAAUGGGACGGAUGCGUUCUGGGAUGCGUAUUUGCCGGAGGAUAUUUGAUCGUUCUAGUGGUGGUGAUGAUAACUAAUACGGGCUAGGCUUAGACUACAGGCUGUGGGGUCAGUCCUGUCCGAGUUCAGUGCUCGGCGAGUUCAGCGUUAUUCGGCGCGUGUCCUGUAUGCCAGCUGAUGAUCUCAGAAACGCGUUUUUAGACGAUUCGUGACUCGGGUAGUUAAUUCAACGUAUGAUUGCCUUUUGACUAAUAGUUUGCUGUACAUUAAUUUAAACGUCUUCCUGUAGAAACAGUAAUGGGUUACUUGGAUCGUUAUUAGUCUUCCAGUGAGAUCUAGAUAGACUUCGAAAACUGAGGGUGCUCCGAGUCCUCCAAGAUAUUGC